GUUAUAGAUAAAAAUUGUAGUUUAUUAUAAACAUCGUUUUUAGUAAAGGAAUAUAGUAUAUUUCAUUUUCUCGUUUUGACUGAUGCAUAUUCAAAAAGUCCGUUAAUUAAUUUAACAAAUUUUAAACAACCAAAAAAAUAAUACGAAAUUUUUAAAUUAUCAAAAAGUAUACAACAAAAAUAUAAAUGAAAGAAUUAAUUGUCAUAAUUUUACUAAUUCCUUUUCUACAAGCCUUGACAAUUGAUUGGCUAAAUCAAAUUAAUGAAAAUUUAUAUAAUCACACUCAAAUUGUGACGAAUUAUAUAAAACAUGAAAUUGAGAAACUCGCAAGAACAUUUGUCUAUUUUGAUAAUGACAAAAAUGAAAAAAUUCGAACGAAACUCUCAUUUCCAAAUGAGAGUCUACAAAUACCAAAAGAAAGUAUUUUAAAUAAUAAAACAAAAAUUGAUUUAACAACAAUAGUGUCAUUUCGUUUAUACACAUUGGAAAUAUGGAAAAAUUAUGAAAUUUUACAAUUUAAUAAUAGCGAUAGCUUAAAAAAAAGUCAUUUUAAUACAAAACGACCAACACGAUUUAUUACACAUGGAUAUUUAACAUCGGGCAAUGGACCAUCUUGCACUGUAAUUAGAGAUGCUUUUAUGAAAAGAACAAAUUCAAAUGUUAUCGUAGUCGAUUGGAGUCCAGCAUCGCAAGAAUCAUAUUUAUUAGCAAGAUUAUUAGUGCCACCAAUUGGAAUGCACGUUGGUGAAAUGAUAUCAUUUUUGGAAGACAAUGGAAUGAAUGCAAGUACAACUGCACUUAUUGGACAUUCACUUGGUGCACAUGUUAUGGGAAUUGCUGGGAAAACUGCCAAAAAAAGAGUCAAAUAUCUUGUCGGACUAGAUCCGGCAAUGCCAUUAUUUCGUUUUGUUGAACCAGAAGAGAGAAUUGCAAUAGGUGAUGCCGAUUUUGUUGAAAUAAUUCACACGGACGCUGGAAUUUUAGGUUUUCCCGAAAAUAUUGGCGAUUUUGAUUUUUAUCCAAAUGGAGGAAUGUUUCAACCUGGCUGUGAAAAUGAUGAUUUACUUUAUACAGCCGCUUGUUCACAUUCACGUGCCUAUAUGUAUUUUGCUGAAUCAAUUGAAAAUCCAUUACAUCCAUUUUUUUCACUCAACUGUGAGAAUUACAGUGCAUUCAAAUAUAAUGUUUGUAGUCCACAUGUUGAUAUAAUGGGUGCCAUGAAACAAUCAUCGAAUCACAGUGGUAGUUAUUAUUUAAAUACAAAUUCAGAACCACCAUUUUCACAAGGAAAAAAUUAUGGUAAACCAAAAUGUUCAAAAUGGAGAAUUGUUAAUUUUUUUCUUAAUAUUAUCAGAAGAAUAAGGGGCGGUUAUAUUUGUUAAAUAAAGAAUUGUUUUUUUAAAUCUCCUAAAAAACUAGAGGGGAAAUUGGUUAAAUUAAAUUAAUUAAUAGUUCAUUAAUUAAUUAUAAUUAAUUUGAUUAAAAUAAAUGAUUUUUAUUUUAACCCAA